UCCUGCUCCUGUGCAGCUCCCAUGUUGCCGUUCUUGUCCCGUCGCGACAUGGCCCUGCGGAGGGUGCUGGCGCUGGGGGCAGCCCUGGGCCGCCGCAGCUGCUGCUCCAAGCCCUCGCUGUCCCCUGACUUCGUGGAGACCCUGAGGGCCGUGGUUGGGGCCCCCAAUGUCUCCACGGCCACAGCGGUGCGGGAGCAGCACGGCCACGAUGAGUCCAUGCACCCCUGUGCCCCCCCAGACGUCGUGGUGUGGCCCCAGGCAGUGGGGCAGGUGCAGGAGCUGGCAGCCCUCUGUCACCGCUGCCGUGUGCCCAUGGUGCCCUUUGGCACCGGUACCGGCCUGGAAGGAGGCGUCAAUGCCGUGCAGGGAGGCGUCUGCUUUGACCUGAGCCGCAUGGACGCCAUCGCCGAGCUGAGCCUCGAGGACUUCUCGGUGACCGUGGAGCCCGGUGUCACCCGCAAGGCCCUCAAUAAGCACCUGCGUGGCACCGGGCUCUGGUUUCCCGUUGGUACCAUGGGCAUGAGGGGAGACUCUUAG